UGCCUUCUGAGAACCCCUGUGAUUCUAAAUGAAUGUGUAAAAACUGGUUUCGUAUUUGGGAUGGAUGAGGAGAGGGUAUGUGUUAUUUACACUAAAAGAAUGUGCGAGUGAAUUAAGGGAGGAGAUCAGACCAGUGAUUCAUAGUUGAUUUCAUUCUGACAUUCAGGUCAGCAGGAGCAAGAUGACAACAUACACAGAUAAAGGCGAAAAGCAUGAGCAGGGAAGGUUCCUCUGCUUUGAUCACAUAACAUUCUGGGUUGGAAAUGCAAAACAGGCGGCAUCAUUUUACUGCAACAAGAUGGGAUUUGAGCCUCUGGCUUACCGCGGUCUGGAGACAGACAGCCGUGACGUGGUGUCCCACGUAGUCAGACAGGGAAAGAUCAUUUAUGUGUUCUCGUCUGCCCUCAAUCCGGGAAAUAAAGAGAUGGGCGACCAUUUAGUCAAACACGGGGAUGGAGUAAAGGAUGUCGCAUUCACAGUGCAGGACUGUGACUUCCUCGUGCAGAAAGCCAAAGAGCGAGGUGCAGUUAUUGUAAAGGAGCCCUGCACCCUGCAGGACAAGUACGGUAAAGUCAGGCUGGCCGUGCUUCAAACGUAUGGGGACACCACGCACACGUUUGUGGAGAGGGCCGAGUACACCGGGUUGUUUCUGCCGGGCUUCCAGAGCCCCGACUUCAAGGACCCUUCACUAGCCAAACUGCCAAGUGGAAAACUGAACUUCAUUGACCACGUUGUGGGAAACCAACCGUAUGACGAGAUGGUCCCAGUGGUGGAUUGGUAUCAGAGAAACCUUCUCUUUCACCGCUUCUGGUCAGUCGAUGACAAGCAGCUCCAGACCGAGUUCAGUGCCCUGCGCUCCAUUGUGGUGGCAAACCACGAAGAGACAGUGAAGAUGCCCAUCAACGAGCCUGCCAUGGGGAAGAGGAAGUCUCAAAUCCAGGAAUACGUGGAGUACUACGGAGGUCCGGGUGUGCAACAUAUAGCCAUGAACACAUCAGACAUCAUCACCGCAAUUCGUAACCUAAAAGAGCGCGGCAUGGAGUUCAUGUGUGUGCCGAACACCUACUACCAACUACUCAGGAAGAACUUGAAAGGCUCAAAGGUCAAAAUCUCGGAGGACCUUGAUGUUCUGCAGGAGCUGAAUAUCUUAGUGGACUACGACGAAAAUGGCUAUUUACUUCAGAUCUUCACGAAGCCAGUUCAGGAUCGCCCCACUGUCUUUUUGGAAGUCAUUCAGAGACAUAACCACCAGGGCUUCGGUGCAGGAAACUUCAAGGCUCUUUUUGAGGCCAUCGAAGCUGACCAGCAAGCGAGGGGAAAUCUGACCAUCCUGACACCAGACAGAGUGUCAAAGAACAUGUGAUCCCUGUAUUGUGACUAAUAUACCGUCUGAGUAUCAAUUAAUCAAUUAACUAUGACAAGACACUUUCUGUUCAUGUCCGUUUAUCUUUUUAAUAGUUUAAUAGUAAUAAUGUGCCACAUCAAUCUGUAACUUGCAUGUUUUAUUACAAAGUAACAUAUUUUAUCUGUCAAAGGGUACUUUGUUUUAAUCUCCCCAAUGAUUAUUACUGAUAACUGAAUGAGUUGUUUGUAUCAAGAUAAAAGGAAGAGUUAAUCACAACUUAAUUACAAUGCAACACUUUUUAAAAUAAAAUGUUAGCAAGAAAACUUAUAUUGGUGAUACAAGCUUGACUCAAGCAAAAGACAAUUUAAGCUCCCAAAAAUGAAAACAUGUAACUAUACAGUUUGUUCAGACAGUUGGAGCAGAACAGACCUCUCAUUGCAAAAAAGGCCUUUGUAUGAGAAUCAGAGAGCCGAGUCUUUCACUCCAUGUGGGGAGAGAGAGCAAUUACAAUGUGUGAAUCUGUGUUCAUUCAUUCACAACCAACUGUAAUUUGUGAUAUUGUUUUACCAGAUAAUUGAGUUUUUGUUUUUCACAGUGAUUACCAGUAUUUAGAGGAGGCAAACUACAACUUCAUUACUUCAUGCUAGACCUCCAUUGAUAAUACAUUGCAGUCUUACAUGCUGUUUAGUACAGUUUAUUAAAUCAUUACUCCCUGAGCAGCA